AUGUACACAAUAUCGAGACGCCCAUCUACGGUUAGUCAGCGUACAAUACAACAAUCGGAAGAGGAACGCGAAGAGGCUGCGUUGAAUGAAAGGAGACGUUUGCUCAAAAUUUAUCUCAUCUGCGGUGCGUUACUCUCACUUGGCUAUUUUCAAUUAAUAUUGAUCAAGUUUGUGCCUCAUGAUCUGGGCGAUUCGCUGCCGCUCUCGAGCUACAUGUGGCUGGUGAUUUCAUUGGUGUGCAUGAUGCUCAUGGUUUUUACAGAGCUCUUCAACAAAUUUCCCAUCAACUUGAUGCUGGCAUUGAUUUGCGUGGAGUGCUUAACAUUGUGUGCGCUUUGCUAUCACUGGUAUCAGCUCGCCCGGUUAGAUGCUAUGGGGAUAUUGGUCCUGUCUCUAAUCACUAGCGCUGUUUUGUGUUUAAUGGGCGCCAAGCUGCCGCUAAAGAUGCUGCCCAACAAUUUUGUUAUGCUGAUCAUCACCAUAGUCUUUAUUAUUGUCUAUAUCUUUUUGAAUAUAUUCAUAUACGCAUUCAGUAAGCCCAAGAUAAUGCUGUUCGUUGAUGGAUGGAGCAUGCUAUUCAGCAUACCGUUAACGCUGUAUACAACGACUUUGGUGCAUCAGCGUCGUGUUGCGUCCUUGCUCUCGGAUGAAUACAUUUUGUCAUCUACAUUUCUGUCCUCGUUUAACUUGUACAUGGUACAUCUCAUAGCAUCAUUUGUAAAAUGGAUCUACGACUGGAUAUGAAAUUGUAUGUUUAAAGCUAAAUUAAAAUUAUAAAGCCGAGUUCCGUUUUAUGUGUACGU